AGCAGCUUUCGAAGAGAGUCGCCAUAACGUUGAACUUUACAGUGCGCAUUAAUACAGAUGUGCACUUCAGAAAAUAUUAUUGGCUGCUGAAAUUUGUCGGGCCGUUCACAGUGUAAUUUCUAUCACAUAGAAGUAUUCACCUAUAUUUAACUACCCUCUUGUCUUAAAUUCCGUAAACCUGUGUAUCCACAAUUAGAUAAAUCUUGUGACAGCCAGUAAAGGGGCGGAGAUAUUGCACAAACUACACCGAAAUGACAGCAACGCUUGUAGGUUUCGUAUGAUACAAAGACAGUUGUUUAGCCGAUCGUUUAUUUUACGCCUGCUACGUUAGUUUACUGAUAGGCAAAUAAGACUGUCAAAGCAAGUAGGAUUCUUCACAUUCUCCUCGGUUCUUCUGGCCAAGAACCACCAAACAACAAGCAAUUCCUUUUUGGUUUAAGGAAAGAGACUACGGGAGUGGACAAGAGAGGAAGUCCUGCUAGCCACUGUGCGUCCACUAACUAAGACAUCAUGUCAGCCCCAGGUUACCCAUCCCCUCACCAGGGUCCUGGAAGUUACUCCACGGCCCCCUACCCUGUUCCUCCUGGUGGGUAUGGUGACCCUAACCAUGCUCCCCCACCGGUUGGCUUCCAUAUGGGCUACAACCACCAACAACCCCACCCAGGCCAGCCUGUGAUGUACCAGCCUGUGCCCAUGCCCGAAUACGGGGUACCUCAAAUGGGCCCCAGCCCAGGCUAUGGUGGUCCCAUGCCUGGGCCUGAGUACGGUGCACCUCAGAUGGGCCCCAGCCCAGGCUAUGGUGGUCCCAUGCCUGGGCCCAGAUACGGUGCACCUCAGAUGGGCCCCAGCCCAGGGUAUGGUGGUCCCAUGCCUGGGCCUGAAUACGGUGCACCUAACUCGGGCCCUCCUGCAGCCAUCUCCCCAGCCCCUGCAGCAGUUGUGCCUGUUGGAGUUCCACCUGGUCUGGAGUACCUAACACAGAUUGACCAGAUCCUUAUACACCAAAAAGUGGAGUUGCUGGAAGCGUUCAUUGGCUUUGAGACAAACAACCAGUACGAGAUCAAGAACAGCCUGGGUCAGAAGAUCUACAAGGCCAAGGAGAAGAAUGACUGCUGCACACGCAACUGCUGCGGCGCCCUGCGUAGCUUCGACAUGAAGAUCAAGGACAACACGGACCGCGAGGUCAUCCGCUUCAUACGACCCUACCGCUGUGCCUCCUGCUGGUUUCCCUGCUGCCUGCAAGAGCUCGAGGUCCAAGCCCCGCCUGGCACCACCAUAGGUUAUGUGUCCCAGGACUGGAACCCCUGCGUGCCCAAGUUCUCCAUCAAGGGGGCCAACAAGGAGACUGUAAUGAAGCUGGAGGGACCCUGCUUUGCCUGCAACUGCUGCGGGGACGUCAACUUCAAGCUGACGGGAAAAGAUGGAGGCAAGUCCAUCGGCCGCAUCAGUAAACAGUGGAGUGGCCUGAUAAAGGAGGUCUUCACCGACACGGACAACUUUGGCAUCCAGUUCCCCAUGGACCUGGACGUCAAGAUGAAGGCCGUGCUCAUGGGCACCUGUUUCCUCAUCGAUUUCAUGUUCUUCGAGAAGGUUGGCAACGCAAAACAGCGCAACACCGUCUUUUCAUAACGUAGGAAAGGGGAGAGAAAGAAAGACUGAGCCCUUGAGUCAAUGCAGUCUGUUUUUCCGAUCCUGUUCGGAACCUCCACUUUUUUCAGAAUCUAUAAGAAACUCCUUCCUUAUUCAAAAGCUUAGAGGACACUGUCAUUCCGUGCCAAUCCCAGAAGUCUUUGUGUGAAACACAACAUGAGGCCUUAACUGAUGAUGAGCUUACAUUUGAGCCAAAAUGCCCUCUCUGGACUGUUUCUGUGUAUCCAUCCAAAUGUAAGAAUCAGUAACUGGUCUAUGACACAUAGGCUUUAGUUCUCUUUCAUGGGUUUCUCCACUCUCUGCAUGGAAUGUGUUUAUCUACGGUAUGUUUUGUCAUAUCUAUAUUUUCAAUUUGUUUUCUAUAACAUUGAUGUGGGGUUCAGAACACUAGGCUUAAUGGAAAAAUUCCAGUUUUAUAUUUAACCUAACUUUA